AUGGAGCACAUUAGGCAAUUUGAUUGGUGUUACUCUCAGCCAGAUGUAUAUUUUUUAAAAGAAAGUGACUUGGAUAAUAGUGUGACGGAAAAAAUUCUUCGCAACAAAUUUCACAAUCCCAUGGUCUCAAGUGAGUCUGAAGAUGAACAGCAAAACAUUAACUGGGCUGAAGUCUUUUCUAAAAAAGAAGAUUUUUCUAGAAAUAACCGUGUAUUUGUACCAUGUAUGCCAAAGUUUAUGCAAUAUCCAAAAUUAUCAGCACUCACUUCAUAUCAACACUUCCAAUGUAUCAAAGUACUAUGUUCGGAAAACCCUCAUAUUUUACCUGAAGAGUUUAUGCAAAGACCUACUAAAAAUGACUACAAGGUGUUUGAGGAACUUAAACCAAUAUAUGAAAAAGAGCAAAAAGAGUUCAUAGAAUGGGCUAAAACUCAAUGGACAACAAUACACUGCAUACGAGCAUUACGACCCAAACCCCCAAUAGAAUUUGUUUAUGAUGCUAGAUUCAAAAUGAGGGAAAAUGAAAUGCAAUCAUACCCAAAAAUGUUUGACAUGGCGGCACAAAUACCUUUAGAAACAAGAAAUAAUAACUUUGACUUGGUUCUCAGCAGUGAUUUAAAAAGUGUGGAUAUUAAGUUACUCCCACAAAUUGAAUGCAGGAACAUAACCAAAAAGCUCACCAUUAUGAAGCAAUGUGCUAUGCCCGAGCCUUGCAAUAAACACCCAUGCAGAUUUAUACUGCCUAAUGAAAAAGCAGUAUCAAUCUUGCCACUAAUAGAAAUUCAAAGAGAGCUAGCACAGUUCACUUUGGACAAUGAUGCACAGUACAUCGCUAGUGAAAACUCGCUCAAAUGUUUAAUGGAAUUAGACAGGUGUUGGGAUAUCACUGUGUCUGUCGUGCCUGUCAUUGGUCCUGAUGGUGAAUCAACAAACGUAGUGGUGUUGGGAGAUGAGUUUUGCAUCAACAGGGAAUCUCCCGUCAUGAGAACUUACAAAGCAUUUAAACAUUUGUUAGAACAUACUCUUGUACCGCCAUCAGAAAGGUCCAAAUUACAAUAUAAGGAUCUAAAUGAUAAUGUAAAUGAAGAAUUACACAAAAAUGUUUUAGCUGAAGACACAGUUUUGUCCUCCGAUGAUGAAGAUGCUGAUAAUUUGUGUAUAGUUGAAGAUUCUGAAAUGGCGGAAGAUAUGGAAGCUACAAAAGAUGAGAAGAAAGAAGGGAACAAAGAAAAGACAAAUAAUGUAGCUAACAAGUCAAAUGAGGAUGACCAAAUUGGCUUUUACAGUUGCACUUGUAAAGAUACAAUGUUUGAGAGACCGCCUCCGAGAUCGUUCCAGAGGUGGCAAGUGAGAAACAAAACAACUGGCGAACACUUCAACAUUGUUGUUCACUCUCCGCAUAAAGUCAGGGAUAAAAGGGGUGAAGUGCUGUUAGAACCCAUCCCAGAAUAUCAGAUCGAGCUAGGCGCGAGUGCACAGUCCAAGGAGAAGAUACAGAGUCUCGCGUUGUCGUUGAUGUUGAGGAAAAAUGCAACUUUGAUUAACGUGCGUGUAGAUGGCGCCACCGGAGAAGUAGCGACCUUCGAGAAUAUGAAUAGUGAAGAAUUCAAAGCGAAACAUGGAGAUUUGACAAACGAAAUAAGCAACACCCUUCACACAGCCUUCAAUCAGCUGCAAGGGCUGUUGCCUGGCAACUAUAUACUACGGCACGAGCCAAAUCACGGCCACAACGCUAUACUAUAUGUAUCAAAACCUUCAGUCAAGUCCUCUUUGGUACUAGAAUUUGACUCGACACAACUCGCAGAAGUGGACGAAGCAAAGAACUUGAAGACUCCACCCGUUAUAAUACCAGUGUUGUUGCCGUAUCAUAAGUUGAAGAGGAUGUUGCCGUGCGCCUUCACGCCGCACGAGCGGCAGCUGGCGCGCUCGCCGCGCCGCGCGCCGCGCCGCCAGCGCACGCCGCCGCGCGCGCUGCAGUUGGAGAGUGAAGCGGAGUCGGGCGGCGCGCAGGGCAAGUGGCCGAAAAGGAAAAAGAAGAAGAAAAAGAAU